GUGAAUGUGACCGCUUGGAUGCGGCUUAUCUAGGACUCUCGGAAUUCUCCAUCGAUUCACACCCAGAGACCUCUCAAGUUUCCAAUGAACUGAGGCUUUGCGCAUACCAAUCACCCAACAUCCCUCUACCGCAUCGAAGGCCCUCCCCAAGACCGACCUGAGGGAGACCUCCAUAGACAUGUCGAACAAUGCCUCUUACGCGGUGACGCAGGUGAAAACAACCUCCACGCCCUCCAAGACAACCUUCCACUUCGCCGCCGGCCUCUGUUCGGGCCUCACCUCCUCCAUCCUCCUGCAGCCGGCCGACCUCCUCAAGACCCGCGUGCAGCAAUCGCAGAGCGCCUCCCUCCUCCCGACCCUCCAAGCGAUCCUCUCCUCCCCGCACCCGAUCCGCGGCCUAUGGCGCGGCACCCUCCCCUCGGCCCUGCGCACGGGCUUCGGCUCCGCCCUGUACUUCACCAGCCUGAACGCCCUCCGCCAAGGGCUGGCCCAGACCCAGAUGCCCCUCGUCCUUGCCAGUAGUCCCAGCAGCAGCAGCAGCAAUCCCACAACCAGCAAAUCCUCCUCCUCCUCCGCCCUCCCCAAGCUCUCCAACUCCGCCAACCUCGCCACCGGCGCCGCGGCCCGCGUGGCCGCGGGCUUUGUCAUGAUGCCCGUGACCGUCCUCAAGGUCCGCUACGAGUCGGACUUCUACGCCUACCGCAGCCUGCUCAGCGCGGGCCGGGACAUCGUGCGCACCGAGGGCGUGCGCGGCCUGUUCAGCGGCUUCGGCGCCACCGCCGCGCGCGACGCCCCCUACGCCGGCCUCUAUGUGCUGUUCUACGAGCAGCUGAAGCGCCAUCUGGCCGCGCUGGCGAGUAGUCGCGCUGCUGCUGCCGCCGCCGCCACCGCGGCGGAGGGACAACAGCAGCAGCCGCCGCUGCGGUCGACUUCGUCCUCGUCGAUCAAUUUUGUUUCCGGGGGGUUGGCUGCGGGUCUGGCCACGGCGAUCACGAAUCCGUUCGAUGCGGUCAAGACGCGCCUGCAGCUCAUGCCGGGCCGGUACGGCAAUAUGAUGCGGGCGGCGAGGCUAAUGGUCCGCGAGGACGGGGUGCGGAGCUUGUUCGGCGGGCUGGGGCUGCGCAUCACGAGGAAGGCCCUCAGCUCCGCGCUCGCCUGGACGGUGUACGAGGAGCUGAUCCUGCGCGCUGAGGUGCAGUGGGCCGCGCAGGGAGAAACACGCUCAUGAAUACCGUCACAAAAAUGAUACUCUAAGGAAGGGGGAAGUUCACUUCCCCCGC